UCCAACAGAAACAUUACGAAUAUGUAUUGCUAACAUCGCCAAUGCACGCAGGACAUGGACGGUACAAAAUAUUUUGUAUGUUUUUCAAAUUAAAUUUCACUCAGUUGAUAUUUGUACCAAACAUAAACAAAGAAAAGUAUUUUCUAUUGACAAAGUGCUUGGUGUUUGCAAAUAGAAUUCGCUCUAUCUUAACUGCCAUUACAAACAAAACUGGUCAUUUGAAUUGUCGGCAAUAAAACCGUUAAUAAUGACAUUUGUCAAUAUUAAUUCUACGCGCAAAUUACCGAAGUACUGAAGUUAUGCGAAUUUGAUGGAUGUAUUGCAAAUUUCCCACCAACUACGAGUAUUCUAGAGAUGACUGUGGUCAUAGGAGUUCUGACGUUCUUAAUUCUGGUAGCCGGAAAUUUCGCAAGUGACAUAAUACUUCGAAAUCUUAUCGAACAAAUCUAUAACAAAGGCGGAACACCGACGGUAUACUUUGUUCAAACCGAUCAGGAUUUUGUAGUAGAAUUCGCAAGAAACCAUAGCGAUAUUCCACUGGUGAUUAUAACAUCCCAAGACAUUGGAAAUACUUCGUACAAUUCUUCAAAUGCUAUUCUAGCCGUAGAGACGUCAAAUCUGCCGGAUCAGUUUGAUUCACUUUUACAGCGAGUUAUUCGAACUCUGCAAAUUCGGAGAUUUGUAAUCAUUUCGGCGAAAAAUCUGGAGGACCUUAAGAAAUUCUGUUUUUAUUUUGUGAAGAACAACUUUAGCAGAAUCUUUGGGAUUGUUGGAAAUACUUCUUACGUGUAUCUCAACUACGAAAGCGAACCUAUUCAAGAGCUUGACCAAGACAAACCACUUCCUGUUGCUUGGAAGAAUUUUAAUGGGUUUUCCUUGCGGGCAACAAUUCAAAAAGACAUUCCGAGGGUUUUCUGGUAUCGUGGCCAAAAUGGAAGAAAUCAAAUUGGAGGCUGCUUCGGUAGGUUGAUGCUUAACUUCCUACAGUACCACAAUGCAACCUAUCACGAGGUGUUUCCCAAUUUGACGUCUCAAUUUCGUAUGCCUUUAGUGAUAAAUGCCUUGAAAAACGACGAAAUUGACAUAACCUUCAAUGUGUGGGGUCCAACGGUGGGUUUGGUUUCGAGCUAUCCUGUAAGAUAUCAGAGCUACACUAUUAUGGUGCCAUUGAAUGGUUAUCUGGAUCCUAAUGAAUAUUUUUUGAGGCCAUUCACACUGGGAGUGUGGCUAUUGAUUGGAUUCACCAUGUCCUAUAUUAUUGUUAUGGACAUCUUGACGAAUGCACUUUGUCAUGCAAUAGUGAACGUGUGGAAUAGUUUUAGUCGAACUUUUUUGAUAAUACUCAAUUCGUCAUACACAGGACCAUGCGCAGACUAUAGAUUCCACGUCCAAAUUAUGCUAUUGGCAUUUGUACUUGGAAAUGUCUACCUCAUUCAUUUCACGUCAUUUUUAACAGUUUUUAUAAAAAUCAAACAGUAUAAUACCAAAUUGGAUCUCGUCGAAAACAAAGUUCCAGUGAUGAUUCCGACCUUUGAAUGGAAAGUUGUUGAAGGUCCAGGAUUGACAGCAAUUGGUUUUGAUAAGAUCAUCUACACUGUUGAUUAUCCUGUUUACUAUGAGACAGCUUAUUCGAUGCAGAACACAAAAUAUGCCUAUGCUAUCGGAGCGGACCGUGCUAAGUUUUUGAUAGGCUUGCAAACGUUUUUCGCCAAACCGCUGUUUCAUACGACAAGAGAUGAAUUAUUUACCAGUCAUUUAGGAUAUUUGUUGACUCCGUAUUCCCCGCUUCAAGAGAUCUUGGAUGAAUAUGUUCAUCGUAUCAGUGAACUAGGAUUAAUGGCUAAAUGGGAGGGAGAUGCAGUUUCGCAGGCUCUAAGGGCUGGAUUCAAAAUCACUGUUAACCGGCAGGCUGGAGUUCCAAAAACUCAUAGUCCGUUGACAGUGAAUCAUUUGCAAUUUGCAUGGAAUUGCUUAUUAAGCGGUUUGACAAUAUCGUUUGUAGUAUUUUUGUUUGAGAAAUAUGGACACAAUUUGAAGAGUUAUUUUCGAAAAAAUAAAGAAAAAAUGUAAAAAUAA